AUCUCAAAUAUCACAAUGAAAAGAGAAAGGUCUUCCGAGAGAAAGAGCAAGAAUGUUUCUAAAAGGCGCCGUAUAGACACCUCUUCAAAUGACAGUCGUCAGUGGUACGAGGUGAUGCUUGCCCUGGCGGCCAAAUCAGCUUGCAAACAAGUCUUUACUUCUGCUGCUCACGAAUGGAGAGAGCACAUUAAAGACUGGUAUGAGUUGACCCAUGCCAUCAACAAGUCUGAGGAGCGUAGGGAGCUUCCUACCAUACCUCAACCCACGCACCAGAUGGAGUGGUUGGCGAGAGUCAAUUUUGAGCACAGAUCCAUGCGCCGUAACAUACCACAACAGAGACGUCAUAAAGUCUCCACCAAAAAACAAGACUUGAAUUCCUCUUUUUAUGUCUACUAAAGAGCAGACUGAUAUGGAUAUGUCUGCAUGGGCGCAAAUUGUUUGCAAAUAUUUGAAACAUACUGAAAGCCGCCAUCAUCACAGUACAAAUGUGCUUUGAAUUUGCACAAUCUCGCUUCUUUUGGGGCAUGUGUAUGAAUGUGCAGUUUGAUACAUACAACACAGUUGUUGCAUUGUUUUGGCAAAAUUAUAACCAUCUCAGUACCACUGUCGUCAGUUAGUGUUCACACCGUUUCUGCACUGCAUUUUUAUGAUCCCUUAUGUGUGAUGUACAUAUAGACAAUGUUUUAUAUAUGUAUAAUUAUAGAAUUCAUUUGCUGCAUGCUUUAGCAGAUGUCUUUAUUUAUUUGGCAAAGUUUUAUUUGCUCUUAAAAGGAUGGAUGGAGAGAGAGAGAGAGAGAGAGAGAGAUUAGAUUAGAUUUGAUAGAUAGAUAGAUAGAUAGAUAGAUACUCAAUCUAGUUUACUGACAAGGAAACUCUGGAUCACUCACAUUAUUUU